GCGCGACGAAGGCGGACCUCGACCUCCUCUCUGACGAGAUUACGAGUACGUGCGCUCCCCGCUGAUGUUCCUCGAGGAUACCACGUGGCUAGUGUACCAGGCAACUGGGUGAGAUGUUGCAACACUUGUUCUUCCCGAUUCUCGCAGCAGGAGUCUGCCUAGGCAAUCCUGACGCCAAAAGACUGUACGAUGAUCUCCUGUCGAACUACAAUCGACUCAUCCGACCGGUAUCCAACAACACGAACACCGUCGUCGUCAAAUUGGGCCUUCGUCUUUCGCAGCUCAUAGACCUGAACCUGAAGGACCAAAUCCUGACGACCAACGUGUGGCUCGAGCAUGAAUGGCAGGAUCACAAGUUCCAAUGGGAUCCAUCAGAGUAUGGCGGCGUGACUGAACUUUACGUGCCAAGCGAACAUAUCUGGCUACCGGACAUUGUUCUGUACAAUAAUGCCGAUGGGGAGUACGGAGUGACGACGAUGACGAAAGCCAUCCUGCACCACACAGGAAAGGUAGUGUGGACCCCGCCAGCCAUAUUCAAGUCAUCCUGCGAGAUCGACGUUAGGUACUUCCCUUUCGACCAGCAGACUUGCUUCAUGAAAUUUGGCUCCUGGACCUACGACGGCUUUCAGAUCGACCUGAAACACAUCAACCAGAACGUAGGGGACAACAAUGUAGAAGUGGGUAUCGACCUGCGGGAGUACUACCCAAGUGUCGAAUGGGACAUUCUGGGGGUGCCAGCAGAGCGGCACGAGAAGUACUACCCCUGUUGCCACGAGCCGUACCCUGACAUCUUCUUCAACAUCACCCUGCGCCGCAAGACGCUCUUCUACACGGUCAACCUGAUCGUGCCCUGCGUCAGCAUCUCGUACCUGUCGGUGCUGGCGUUUUACCUGCCGGCCGACUCGGGCGAGAAGAUCGCCCUCUGCAUCAACAUCCUCCUCUCUCAGACAAUGUUCUUCCUCCUGAUCUCGGAGAUCAUCCCCUCGACCUCCCUGGCAUUGCCCCUACUCGGGAAAUACCUGCUGUUCACGAUGAUCCUGGUGGGUCUGUCGGUGGUGAUAACGAUAUUCAUCCUUAAUGUCCACUACCGGAAGCCGAGCACGCACAAAAUGGCACCCUGGGUCAGGAAGAUCUUCAUAAGGCGACUGCCGAAGCUCCUGCUGAUGAGGGUGCCCGACGAUCUCCUGAACGACCUCGCCGCGCACAAAAUCCAAGGACGCAGAUCCGGCAGAUCCGGAGGGAAAAAGGACAAGUUCAAUGCCGCUGUCGCAGCAGCUGCUCAAUCCGCGUCCAUGGUCUCUUCACCCGACUCGAUCCGUCGCCAGCGAAUCGAAGGUUGCAACGGACUGCACACGACCACUGCUCACAAUAGGUUCCUGGUCGGUGGGUACGGGGCUGGCAUGGGUGGUUACAAUGGUCUUCCUACCGUCAUGUCCGGUUUGGAUGAAUCCUUGAGCGACGUCACGCCCAGGAAGAAGUAUCCCUUCGAGCUGGAGAAGGCGCUCCACAAUGUGAUGUUCAUCCAGCACCACAUACAGAGGCAGGAUGAGUUCAAUGCGGAAGACCAGGACUGGGGCUUCGUCGCGAUGGUUCUGGACCGCCUCUUCCUCUAUAUCUUCUCGAUUUCUUCCAUCGUCGGUACCAUUACGAUCUUGUGCGAGGCCCCGGCCUUGUACGACGACACGAAGCCCAUCGACAUGGAACUGUCGUCGGUUGCUCAACAGCAGUUCCUGCCGCCGAAACAGGAUUUGUUCGACAAGACAAUGUAGCCACUGCGCCGGACUACUUAGAGGUCUGACCUGUUUAAUAUUUAAUAUAUUACCCGCCGUUAGACUACGAAAUUUUCGCUGCGCUAUACUUCUCGAUUUUUUCAUCGAUUCUAUACUCUUAAACGAUUACUAUUAUAUAAACGACUCGGUAAUUAUCGACACUGUACUUCUUAUUGAGCCCAU